AUGGCCAUGCUGCGGUGGCGAAAUCCGUGCUUGCGGCUUUGGCGGCCUCACCCACUGCCGACGUUCCGCACGUUGGCCCGUGCAUCGUCGGCCUCCAAUCACGGACAGGGGCAGCAGAAGUGCCAACAUCCACAAACGUCGGUCGACGACUGGGUCGAAGUUGCGGACCCGCAAGGUUCCGGAAAGAAGUACUGGUGGAACCGCGCGACGAACCAGACGACUCCGCUUGGCUCGGCCCGCCCGGGAACCGUUCUGGCGAAGUUGCAGGCGUUCAAGGACGAGGUUGCUCGGGACAUUCAUAGAAAGCAGCGCACCAGGAUCAUCGUCGGCGACGGAGGAUACUAUGGCUUCGGGGGCGGCGGCGGCGACAGCGGCGGAGGAAGCGGGGCCUAG